AUUCUCUUAUUCUUGUCUUCUUAUUAUCAACGCAACCUUUUGCUGUUUGAGAGACAGAGAAAAACAGAACUCAAAUUCAUUCCGAUUUUUCUCCUUCCGUUCUUCCCUCUCUCUCUUUCUUACUUAUCAACACCAAUUACUCAACGCAACCAUGGCAAAUGCUGCUUCAGGAAUGGCAGUCCAUGAUGACUGCAAGUUGCGGUUUUUGGAGCUCAAGGCAAAAAGGACUCACAGGUUCAUAGUUUUCAAGAUUGAGGAGAAUCAGAAGCAAGUCAUUGUAGAGAAGCUUGGUGAGCCAGCUCAAGGCUAUGAAGAUUUCACUGCUUGCCUCCCUCCUAAUGAGUGCCGGUAUGCUGUAUAUGAUUUCGAGUACUUGACUGAAGGCAAUGUUCCUAAAAGCAGGAUUUUCUUCAUUGCUUGGUCUCCUGACACAUCAAGGGUUAGAAAUAAGAUGAUUUAUGCAAGCUCCAAAGACAGGUUCAAGAGAGAGCUCGAUGGGAUUCAAGUGGAGUUGCAAGCAACUGAUCCUACUGAGAUGGAUCUCGAUGUGUUCAAGAGCCGCGCCAACUAAACAACUACAAAUAGCAGGCUUUGUGCUGGGGACUGCAGUGCGGUGUGCCCCCUUAAGGCUUUACUUUUAUUGAAAAUUUUUAGUUUCAGGGAUGGUUAUGUUGGCUAGUUAUGGCCUCAAUUUUCCCAUGUUGUGGUAUAAUGUCUAUUACAUUUUCAACAAUCUCCGCAUGUUUUGAUCUCAUGAUUUGUGAUUUUAUACAAUAUUUGUGUUGGAGUUGCAUUUUA